GCCGGUCUGCAUCUCCUUCUCCAUCUCCUCUUGGCCGCCGAGUUCACCGAGGCCGGCCGGUUGCCACCGCCGCCACCCUUUCCUCCAAGGCCGGCCGGCCGGACCGCCCUGUUCUGUGGCUGCUGGCUGUGGCGCAGCGAAUCUCCCACCUCACCACCACCACCACCACCGCUAUCCGUCCGUCAAUGGCUGCGGCGGCCUCCGGCGUCAGGUGGGGCCAGCGCGGCGGUGGGCAACAACAACGGCGACGUCGGCCUCCAAGACCCCCAACCCGGAUCCCGCUCAAGAUCUAAGGCUACAUACGACCGUUGCAUAUUGGAGAGCUCAAGCACUAUACUCGUCCCGCUCACAACAUUUCUCUUCUCAACUCAGGCAUCCAAAAGCUUCAACAUCUCACAAAAAUCUCCAAACUCCGGACUAGAGCCUGCCUACAGCCCCGCCCACACAUCCGUUCGUUGCCGGCCGCCAUAACUUCGCUGGAGUCGCCUCCUGCUUCUGCGCCGCGUCGCCGGCACCGACAAGGUUCUGAAUCUGCUGCUGCUGCUGCUGCUACCAAAUACAAUGCUGGAGCUGGCGCCGACGUGCCUGUGAGGGCAACGUCUUCCUCGCUGCUGCUGCGUUGCUGGUCCGGUGUGCUGAUCAAGGGCGAGCUCGUGAAGUGGACCUGUGUUAGAGGAGUUUCUUCCGAGUGUUCCAAUGGCAGAGCUGGUGGUCACCAUGGCGAUCGGGCCACUGGUGUCCAUGCUGAAGGACAAGGCGUCCAGCUACCUCCUGGACCAGUACAAGGUCAUGGAGGGAAUGGAGGAGCAGCACAAGAUUCUGAAACGCAAGCUUCCGGCCAUCCUCGACGUCAUCACCGAUGUCGAGGAGCAGGCCAUGGCACAGAGAGAAGGUGCCAAAGCCUGGCUUCAGGAGCUCAGGACAGUCGCCUAUGUGGCAAAUGAAGUCUUCGACGAAUUCAAGUACGAAGCCCUACGCCGUGAAGCCAAGAAGAAUGGGCACUACAGAAAGCUCGGCUUCGAUGUAAUUAAACUCUUCCCUACUCACAACCGUGUUGCAUUCCGUUACAAAAUGGGUCGCAAGCUUUGCCUGAUUCUGCAAGCCGUUGAGGUCCUCAUAGCAGAGAUGCAGGUCUUUGGGUUCAAGUACCAACCACAGCCACCGGUGUCCAAAGAGUGGAGGCAUACAGAUUAUGUUAGCAUUGACCCACAAGAAAUUGCCAGCAGAUCCAGACACGAAGAUAAGAAGAACAUUAUUGGUAUACUAGUUGAUGAAGCUAGCAAUGCAGAUCUCACAGUUGUUCCUGUGGUUGCAAUGGGGGGCCUUGGCAAGACCACAUUAGCGCAACUCAUAUACAAUGAUCCUGAAAUUCAGAAGCAUUUCCAGUUGCUGCUCUGGGUUUGUGUCUCUGAUACCUUUGAUGUGAACUCCUUGGCCAAGAGUAUAGUUGAAGCAUCCCCCAAUAAGAAUGUUGAUACAGACAAACCACCAUUGGAUAGACUUCAAAAACUGGUCAGCGGACAGCGGUAUCUCCUUGUAUUGGAUGAUGUUUGGGACAACAAAGAGUUACGUAAGUGGGAAAGGCUCAAGGUUUGCUUGCAUGGUGGCAUGGGCAGUGCAGUGUUGACAACAACUCGUGAUAAACGAGUUUCUGAAAUUAUGGGUGCAGACAGGGCUGCCUACAAUCUCAAUGCUUUGGAGGAUCACUUCAUAAAGGAAAUUAUUGUGGAUAGAGCAUUCAGUUCAGAGAAUGGAAAGCCUCCCGAGCUACUCGAGAUGGUUGGUGAGAUUGUGAAGAGAUGUUGUGGCUCUCCAUUAGCUGCAAGUGCACUGGGCUCUGUACUUCGUACCAAGACCACCGUGAAAGAAUGGAAUGCUAUAGCAUCUAGAAGCAGCAUUUGCACUGAGGAAACUGGAAUCUUGCCAAUACUCAAGCUUAGCUACAACGACUUGCCAUCGCACAUGAAGCAGUGCUUUGCUUUUUGUGCUGUAUUUCCAAAGGAUUACAAGAUUGAUGUAGCGAAGUUGAUCCAACUAUGGAUCGCAAAUGGCUUUAUCCCUGAACACAAGGAAGAUAGUCUUGAAACCAUUGGACAACUUAUUUUUGAUGAGCUUGCUUCAAGGUCAUUCUUUCUGGAUAUAGAGAAGAGUAAAGAAGACUGGGAGUAUUAUUCCAGAACAACAUGUAAAAUCCACGAUCUUAUGCAUGAUAUUGCAAUGUCUGUUAUGGAAAAGGAAUGUGUUGUUGCAACUAUGGAACCAAGUGAAAUUGAGUGGCUUCCAGAUACUGCUCGGCAUUUGUUCUUGUCAUGUGAAGAAACGGAACGUAUUUUGAAUGAUUCUAUGGAGGAAAGAUCCCCUGCUAUUCAAACAUUGCUAUGUGAUAGUAAUGUGUUCAGCCCAUUGCAGCAUCUAUCAAAAUACAACACUUUGCAUGCCUUGAAGCUCUGUCUGGGAACAGAAUCAUUUCUACUCAAACCAAAGUAUCUGCAUCACCUGAGGUACCUUGAUCUCUCAGAAAGUUCUAUCAAAGCACUUCCUGAGGAUAUAAGUAUUCUAUAUAACCUGCAAGUGCUGGACCUUUCCAACUGCUGUUAUCUUGAACGACUUCCAAGGCAAAUGAAGUAUAUGACUUCCCUCUGCCACCUCUACACUCAUGAAUGUCCAGAGUUGAAGAGCAUGCCUCCAGGACUUGAAAAUCUCACUAAGCUGCAGACACUCACAGUUUUUGUAGCAGGAGUUCCUGGCCCUGAUUGCGCUGAUGUUGGAGAGCUGCAUGGUCUAAACAUUGGUGGUCAGCUAGAGCUAUGCCAGGUAGAGAAUGUUGAAAAAGCAGAAGCAAAAGUGGCAAACCUUGGAAACAAGAAGGAUCUCAGAGAACUGUCAUUAAGAUGGACUAAGGUUGGCGACAGCAAGGUGCUCGACAAGUUCGAACCUCAUGGUGGGCUGCAGGUUCUGCAAAUAUAUUCAUAUGGAGGAGAGUGCAUGGGUAUGUUGCAAAACAUGGUUGAGAUCCACCUUUUUCACUGUGAAAGAUUGCGAUUUUUGUUCAGAUGCAGUACAAUCUUCACUUUUCCAAGACUGAAGGUGCUUACACUAGAGCAUUUAUUGGAUUUUGAGAGAUGGUGGGAAAUAAAUGAGGCACAAGAAGAACAGAUAAUAUUUCCUCUGCUUGAGAAGUUGUUUAUUCGGCAUUGUGGAAAGCUGAUAGCAUUACCUGAAGCACCAUUGCUUGGAGAACCAAGUCGUGGAGGUAAUAGACUGGUAUGCACACCAUUUUCUCUGCUUGAGAACUUGUUUAUUUGGUAUUGUGGAAAGCUGGUACCAUUGCGUGAAGCACCACUGGUUCAUGAAAGUUGUAGUGGAGGUUAUAGGUUGGUACAGUCAGCAUUUCCUGCUCUAAAGGUACUUGCAUUGGAAGACUUGGGGAGUUUUCAGAAAUGGGAUGCUGCUGUCGAAGGAGAACCGAUAUUGUUUCCUCAGCUUGAGACACUAUCAGUUCAGAAAUGCCCAAAGCUAGUAGAUUUACCCGAAGCACCAAAACUCAGUGUACUUGCAUUGGAAGACUUGGGGAGUUUUCAGAAAUGGGAUGCUGCUGUCGAAGGAGAACCGAUAUUGUUUCCUCAGCUUGAGACACUAUCAGUUCAGAAAUGCCCAAAGCUAGUAGAUUUACCCGAAGCACCAAAACUCAGUGUACUUGCAUUGGAAGACUUGGGGAGUUUUCAGAAAUGGGAUGCUGCUGUCGAAGGAGAACCGAUAUUGUUUCCUCAGCUUGAGACACUAUCAGUUCAGAAAUGCCCAAAGCUAGUAGAUUUACCCGAAGCACCAAAACUCAGUGUACUAGUAAUUGAAGAUGGCAAGCAAGAGGUGUUCCAUUUUGUAGACAGGUAUUUAUCUUCAUUGACCAAUCUGACACUGAGGCUAGAACACAGAGAAACAACAUCAGAGGCUGAAUGCACUUCAAUUGUACCUGUGGACAGCAAAGAGAAAUGGAACCAGAAAUCCCCUCUUACAGUUCUGGAGUUAGGAUGCUGCAACUCAUUCUUUGGACCAGGUGCACUAGAGCCGUGGGACUAUUUUGUACACCUUGAAAAGUUGGAAAUUGAUAGAUGUGAUGUGCUCGUCCACUGGCCAGAGAAUGUGUUCCAAAGCUUGGUAUCCUUGAGGACAUUACUGAUUAGAAACUGCAAAAAUCUGACUGGAUAUGCACAAGCUCCUCUUGAGCCGUUGGCGUCUGAAAGGAGUCAGCACCCGAGAGGUCUGGAGUCUCUUUGCUUAAGAAACUGCCCAAGUUUAGUAGAGAUGUUCAACGUCCCGGCAUCUCUCAAGAAAAUGACUAUUGGUGGGUGCAUUAAGCUUGAGUCCAUAUUCGGCAAGCAACAGGGCAUGGCAGAGUUAGUCCAAGUAUCUUCUAGCAGUGAGGCAAUCAUGCCUGCAACUGUAUCAGAGUUGCCAUCCACACCCAUGAAUCACUUUUGUCCAUGCCUAGAAGAUCUAUGCUUAUCAGCAUGUGGAAGCUUACCAGCGGUUCUAAAUCUGCCUCCAUCCUUAAAGACCUUAGAAAUGGAUCGUUGUAGUAGUAUUCAAGUCCUAUCAUGCCAGCUGGGUGGGCUCCAGAAACCAGAAGCCACUACCUCCAGAAGCAGAAGUCCUAUCAUGCCACAGCCACUAGCAGCAGCAACAGCACCAGCUGCAAGAGAGCAUUUACUUCCUCCCCAUCUCGAAUAUCUAACAAUACUGAACUGUGCUGGCAUGUUGGGUGGGACUCUCCGUCUGCCUGCACCCCUCAAGAGACUGUUCAUUAUGGGCAACAGUGGGCUGACAUCGCUGGAGUGUCUGUCGGGAGAGCACCCCCCAUCGCUGGAAUCCCUUUGGCUUGAAAGAUGCAGUACCCUGGCAUCCCUGCCGAAUGAGCCGCAAGUAUACAGGUCUCUCUGGUCUCUUGAAAUUACAGGCUGCCCUGCUAUAAAGAAGCUCCCUAGAUGCCUGCAGCAGCAACUGGGCAGCAUCAAACGCAAAUGGCUAGAUGCCCGUUAUGAAGUAACGGAAUUCAAACCAUUGAAACCGAAGACAUGGAAGGAAAUACCGAGGCUAGUCCGUGAGCGGAGGCAGGCCUGCCGGAGCUGAAGCUGAAGGUCAUUCAGCUUCUAUUCAAUGACAGGCCUGAUCCCUGAUUGUUGCACUGCUCUGCUAGGGGAAUGGCCUGUGAUUGCUUCUACAAGACAACUGUGCCGCAGUCGCUCUCCAUCGAGAACUUCUUGGAUGAUGAUAACAAGAUGAAUUUUUUUUACCCCAACAUUUAUACAAGGUUCAAUAAUUUUUAUCCACUCA